CGUAUACAGGCGAGUAGGUAGGGGCGAAAAACGGCUGUGGCUCUCUUCUCCCGAUCGGCUCGAGCGCAGUGCCGAUGCGGCCUCCGACACGAUCGCGUCAGCUGGUCUCUCGCGCCCGCACGUACAUAAUAUAAAAUACGUAUUUCGACCGGUUCGAAAGUCCGCGGAGUGUCUUGUUUAUACCUCGCGACAGUGUGCAGCGUCUGCGCCUCGAUCGCUGUAUCCUGGACCACGACUGCGCAGAAGAUCCCUCGAUUCGCGCAUGUGCCUGCGUGAUGCGGCGUGUUUCGGAGCGUAUACAAAGUGAAUUGUGCGAAGAAAGAAAGAGCUGGAUUGUUCAAGGAUAAUUCGUGCAAGAUAAUAUCCAGCCGAUCAUUAUCGCAGUGACUCGUAGCUCGUUGCAGUUAUAAUAAUCCCCGGCUUAACAAGCUGGCUCCGAUUACUCACUUUUACCUCGGCGGCGUUACGUUAUUCACCGACAACAACAUCGCUAAUUGUUCGCCUCGCCUUUUUUCGCGCACGCAUUUUCGAGAAGAAUAAAUCUUGAAAAUCACCAGAGCGCGCACGAGUGAUAUGCCGGCGUGUGGGUGUGCGAACCGCGAAAAAUUAUGAUAGAGCUUCCGACUGGCCAGGAUCAACAAGUAGACGACGGCUGCUGCGACGGUUGUCGCGCGCGACGCUCAUCUUCCUCGUCAGAAUCUCGUCAAGAUGAAGAGCUUUGUGAUUAUGUGUAUGUGGCUCGCUGCGGCGAUGGUGUUCGUCGUCGCGGAGGAGCAACCGAAUCCGGAGGAAGCAGCCGCUCCGAAACCCGCUGGGAUUUGUGCCAUGGACGGCUGCAACUGCACCGUCAAAGCUCAUCACUGGGUCUUCGUCAAGUGUGUCUUCUCGGAUUAUCAGGACGUAGAGCUGUCCGAGGGCAUGAUACCGGAAGACACGAUGGAGGUCGAGGUUUCGCACUGCCGUGAGCUCCGCAUCCAGGCGGGAGCAUUCACAGGCGGUGCCCAGCUGAAGCGCGUCCACGUCUCGGGCAUCUAUACUCUGGUGGCCAAUCGACAGGCCUUCCAGAACAUCAGUGCUCCGAACCCGCUGCUCGAGGUGUCCGAGUGCAAUCGCGUGAUCCUCGAGAGCCACGCGUUCAAAAACACCAAGGGACCGCUGAGCGUCGCGAUAUCUCGCUGCAGGCACGUGACGAUCAAGCCCAACGCGUUUAGUUGGCUGCUCCAGAUAACUGUGAAGGAGGUGCCGAACCUCGAGCUGUCCAGCAACGCGUUCAAAUUCGAAACUCCGCAGCACGGUCGACAUGGACCAGCGACCAAGAUAAUGUUCCAAAGCGUGAAAAUCCCGGAGUUACCAACGGCAGUCUUCCCCUCGAAUGCGGCAGAGAUACGGAUAGACGAUCUCUGGACGGGGUCGAUAAAAAAAGAUGCCUUCUGUGCCAUGAAUAUUCUAAGCGUGACGAUCAGUAAUGCAUCCAUAGUAGAGAUAGAGUCUGGAGCCUUCAGUGAUAGAACGCUUAUCCACGGCUUGGAGUUCGUCGACGUGAGAAUGACGACGAUCAGAACCGGAGCUUUUCGAGCCGGCGCCAAUAAUUUAACCAUUCAGUAUUCUAGAUUAAACGACGUGGAACCAGGUGCCAUCGACAUCACCGUAGCGACGGUGACCUUCAACAAUAACGAGUUCCACAAGCUCCGUCGCAACUCGAUAAUCUUCCACCAAUGGAAUCGCGUGGUCAUCGACAACAAUGCCUUCCGCUACUUGGAAGCCAACGCCAUCAACGCCGUCACCUCGGACAUGGGCAAGGCGCCGAAUCUCGAGUUCUCCUUCUCGAACAACCACAUCCACGAAGCCGAACCCAACUCAUUGACCUUCGUCGAAAACUCCCAGAGCGUUGCGGCAGCUCGAGUGGGCAGCAAUUACUUCAAACGCACCUGCAACUGCAACUUGGAAGACUGGGUACGCGAACGGGUGGGCAGCAACUCCUCGGUUUCCUGGAUCAUGGACUCGAGCUACUGUAUGGUGGACAAGCUGCUUCGCAACUGCUUCAAUCUUCCCGAGGGAUACCUGGGUAUGAGGAACUAUACCCAGACUAUUUGCUCGAAGACCAACAGGAUCAACUGCACCAAUCCACCGGCCAAGCCCGAGCCCAGUGUCAGUCCUCCUAGUGUUGGUCCACACCAGUACCCAAGGCACAAAGGUUACUUCGACGUGGAGAUGAGCGACCCGGACCAGCUGGAGCACGAGAAGCGAAUCAUUGUCAUCGUGUGCGUGGUCGCGGUCUUCUCCUUGGUGGUCGUCAUCCUGGCUUCUGGAAUACUGUACAUGCGUCGUCGCGGCGUCUGUCCCAAACUGACCUCUGGACCGCACUUCGCCAACUCCUGGUUCUCGCCAGCCAAUGGAAUGACGGCUGCCACCUCGGCCAGGUCGAUCUCACGACUGAGCGUACACGAGUACGCGGGUCUCCAGCCGGAAACACGGAUUCUGGACGUGGAGGCUCAUCAAGAUGCCACCGGGGAAGACGAGGGAGCCGCGGAGGGAGGAGCUUACGCUUACACCGAAAACAAGGCUACGCAGACUCUGCCCGAGGAACUUACAGAGGAAUAUCUGAAGGAGCUCAGGGAGAGGCUGAACGACCCUGAAAAUUACAGCUACGCCAGGGACAUGAUCGAGCACCUUUACGAUCUCAUCAAAGUCGAGGAAAGCUGCAAUAAUAACAAUAACGACAGAAGACCUUCCGAGGACGGCAACGCCUAUGACAUCAUCAGACCCAAACAGAAGAAAACGCGAGCCGGGCCAAGGCAGCCCUCUGUCAACGUCGGCACGAAAGCUCCUUCGUUAGAAAAGCUUCUGCCCAGUCUGGUGAGUCCCAGACCCCAGAUAACAGAAUACUCCGAGCCAAGGGAUCAGAGAAUCAUAGACCAGAAUCACCUGUACGCGGAAUUACCCGGUGACGAAACAGUACCCAGCACCAGCAGACUCUCCCAACCUGUCUUGGCGACACUUGCCGGCAGGGCGCCACAGCCACUGCCACCAGACGUCAUCAGUGACUACACGAGCGAACUGAACGGAACUGCCAACGGUCUAACGUACGGAUUGGAUGAUGACGAGGACGGCUCUCGAAACGGUCAAGAGAAGCGACCCAUGAACUUCCUUAAGUGUCUCGGCGACACACUCAUAGGCUCGAAGAAGGUGACCGGAAAGAGGCCAGACUCCCUGCUGGGCGAAUACGCAGAUCCAUCGGAUGUAACGGCACAUCUGUACUCCGAGCUUCCGGAACCGAAGCAGCAGCAACAGUCGACUUUGACACUGUCGCCUAGCAGUAAGAUGGCUAACAGACCGCUGCCCACGAAACCGACAGACCAUCAGGAGGCCGCGGCCGCGGCCGCGAGAACGUAGUAGCUGUUCCUCCGUUCCGGAAUGGUCUAUCUCCGACCCUCAAAGAGACGACCUUAUCUCUCUCUCUCUCUCUCUCUUUCUCUCUCUCUCUCUCUCUCUCUCUCUCUCUCUCUCUCUCUCUCUCUCUCUCUCUCUCUCUCUCUCGUGACACACGGGGAACACCUCGGACUGAAUUUUCUCGUGAAUUGUAUGUGAUACGUUGAAUUACGUGAUCGAACGUUUGAAAUUUAGUGAUAGUGAUGGACGUCAGUCCGGGGUGUCUUGCGAGGGUUAACGACCUACACGCCUGUCUGUGAUAUCGUAUCGUCGACCGACUGAGUCGACCUCGAGAGAAGAUUGUACUCGAUGGAUUAUUUUUCUUAUUUUCCAUACACGCACUAACGUGGAAAAAUGAAUUGAUAAAUAAUAUUACUCGAUUGUGAAAGUGAGCGCAUACGAAAAUUUGGCAAAGUGUAUCGAAUACGCAUAGAUUCCAAUGAUAUAAACCGAGUGUGUUAUGCUGAGCGAGUGUUGUUUACUGUAUAUUAGGUGAGAGACGACGAGGAUGAAAAUUUAUGUAUCGACCAUGUGCCUUUUUAAGUGCACAUUAUUUAAUGUAUCACAGGUCUUUUUGAAUCGGAAGCCGAUAUCGCUUUGAGUGUAUAAAUCGCAUAUUGUAUAAUUCUUCGGCGAAUAAUAAGAAAAGAAAUUAUAUAUGUAUAUGCUCACGUUUUUUUGUUGUUUUAUAUAUAGAGUUACGAAUGUAUGAAUGUACGAACGGGUGGACGCGGCAGAAAUAUUGCGUGUUCCUUUGUCUCGCAAUCGUUGACGCGAGCAGACGGAACUGGCGACAUUCUUUAUUUAAUGACCAACCUCAUGGAUGUAAUAUACGAUUUUAUAAAUAUACAUGUAAAUGCCUCUAUAAAAAUAAUCAAACCUUCAUUUCAAAAGGA